UCAUCUCUGACAGUGCGUAUUUUUAAGUUGGUCACACUGUUAAUUUACUUCAAUUUUUUGCAAGCUCUUUUUUUAUUGUCGUAAAUUAUAAAAAAUAUUCAACGAAAUGUCCGACUUUGACUCAAGGCUUAUAGAACUAGUACGUGCUAACCCAAAACUCUACGAAAGAGGCUUGAGGAGCACUCCCUACAAUGCGCAAAAAAAGCAAAAAACCGAAAUCUGGGGCAGCAUCGCCACUUCCUUGAACACCAAUGCGAGCACCUGCAUCGCACACUGGAACAAUCUUAUGACCAAACUACGUCACGAACUGGCCAAGGAAAAGGCGGGGGGCAACGGCUCCGAUUGGAAUCUCCUGCCCCAAUUGCGAUUUGUGAAGCAUAGUCAUCACCACCAUAGAAUCCAACACCGUACGGAGGACGUUGCCCAGCGGUCUCCUAAACCAGAAUCUGUCGUAGGGGAUGUGCACGACGAGGAUGAUCAGCUGCAGGAGGCCAUGGACGAGCAACUGCCGGGGACCACAGUAGCCACUGCAGUGGUUUCUGUCUCAGCGCCGACCUCUGUUCCUGUUCGCGCCGAGUUAAUGAAGAGAAUUGAAGCCCUUCUGGAGGGUCUAGGCCAGGAUAACCGCAUCAAGGCCGAGAAGAGAAUUCUGGCUUACCUUUGCAAGUGCAAUCUUUCUGCCCUGAACGAGGAGCCAAUAGACAACAUAGUUAUAUAGGAAGGACUAUGCUACAGAUAUCAUAGACUACGAAAAACUAAUCCUAGACUGCCAGAGACAAAACAAUCUACCUUUCGCAUUUGUUGACUAUGAGAUCUAUGCAAAUCCUUCCAAAGCAAGCUAAUUUAUGAAUAGUUUUUAAAAAAAUGCACUUAAAUUAUGACAUUUAAACCUCAAUUACAAAUAAGAGAUUUUAAAACUAAAUCAAUCGCUUAAAACGACACAGAAGCGAUUGAUUUGUUGGCCAAA